UUAUAAUUUCGUUUCAGAUUCAGAAUAAUUUAAAUGAAUACUCUUCAGUUUAAUUCAUCUCCGGAUAAACAAUUCAGCGUUUGAUUAUUCUAAUCAGCUGUUUUUUAUCAAUUGUUGUUUAUCAUGUCCCGAACAUUUGACAAUUGACUUCACCUCAAGUGUUUCGGAAAUUGUUAAAAUGCGUCUGUUAGUGUGUCAUUCAUGGACUAAGAAAAAAUAUAUAUUUUGUUAGUGGCUGUUAUCCAAGAUCCACCUACCUCAAAAUGUCUUCUGCCGCUAUGGAUAGUUUCAUUUCUGGAUUGAAAUCCAAGAAUGCCGAAACACGAAAUAGAACAGCAAACGACCUCUCCCAAUACCUCAAAACUGAACUACGUGAAGCAACUCCAGAUGAAAUCAACAAUUUCUGCGAUGAGUUCAAUCAUCACAUCUUCAAAAUGGUCUCUAGUCCCGACGUGAAUGAAAAAAUGGGUGGCCUAUUGGCUAUAAUGUGCCUUACUGGAGCCGACUUUGGUAACAUGACAACAAGAAUAUCCCGAUUUGCCAACUACCUAAGAAAUCUCAUUCCUUCAAGCGAUGUUGGCGUGAUGGAACUAGCAGCUAAAACGAUGGGAAGACUUGCUUUGGUAUUUUCAGGUUCCAAAGCUUCUGAAUAUGUUGAAUUCGAAGUCAAACGAGCGUUUGAAUGGUUGGGAAGGGAUCGUGUAGAGAGUCGGAGACAUGCGGCGGUAUUGAUACUCAAAGAAUUGGCCAUUACAGUUCCUACUUAUUUUUAUCAGCAAGUUUCUCCAUUUUUUGAUUCGAUUUUUUACGCUGUUCAAGACCCUAAGGCUUGUAUAAGGGAAGAUGCUGUUGAGGCCUUAAGGGCUGCUUUGGUUGUUACCGCUCAGAGAGAAACUGCAAGGCAAAACCAAAACCCUUUGUGGUACAAACAGUGCUAUGACGAAUUCUGCAAGCUCCUCAACAUUGACAAGGGCGAGAGGAUAAAGGAUGAACGAGUCCACGGCGCCCUGCUCAUAAUGAACGAGCUAUUGCGAUGUUCCAACGCAACCUGGGAAAAAAAAUACAAGAACAUGGUCGACAUCACAGAUCCCAGGACCAAGUCCAAGGACAAUGUGAUCUACAUGGACAAGAAGCUGCCGAAACUGAGAAGUUACAACCUGUUCGAUAACGCCGAAGACAGCAUCCCAAUUGUAGAAUCGCUGGUAUGUCAGCACCUGCUCAUGGAGAAAUUCGAGUACGUCUGCACGGAUGUGUUGGCACAGAGGGGAUCCAGGAGCGUCCACGUGCAGCAGACCAUACUGACGCUGCUGCCCAGAAUGGCCGCCUUCAACCGCAGGCUCUUCGUCACCGAGUUCCUCAACGUCUCCAUGAACCACCUGUUCGCCAUGAUAAGGGGCAGGGACAGAGACAGGGGCAGCUGCUUCGUGACCCUGGGACUCAUAGCCCUGGCCGUAGAAGACGACGUCGAGCCGUAUCUAGAGCGGAUAAUGGAAUUCGUGAAGAUGGCCCUGCCCAGGAUCGACACCCUGUCCAGGAAGAAGACGUACGUCGACUCCUCGAUCUUCAAGUGCGUCACCUUCCUGGCCCACGCGACCGACCGUCACGACAAGAUGGACGUGCCGAACCUGCUCGAGCAGAUGCUGUCCAGCGGACUCACGCCCUCGCUCACCAUCUGCCUGAGGGAGCUGGCCAAGAAGAUACCGCCGGAGAAGGAGAAGAUCAGCGUCGGCCUGCUGAAGAUGCUGUCCACGAUACUGCUCACCAAGGCGUUGGUGCAUCCGGGCAUGCCCGGUCAGCUGAUCAUGCAGUAUUCGGGUUUGGGUAACGUAAGCGAGACCAGCGACUCGCAGAUGUUGAUACUGGCGCUGAACACGCUGGGCACGUUCGAUUUCAAGAACCAGAACCUGGUGCAGUUCGUGCAGAGGUGCGCCAACUAUUACACCACUCAUGAGUCGCAGGACGUCCGCCUGGAAGCCGUCAAGACGACGUGCCGCCUGCUGAAGAAGAUCCUGCAGGCGCAGCCGGAAGAUCCCAACAAGACCGUGGUGGAAGCGGUAGCCAAAGUGCUGGAGCGUCUCUUGGUGGUGGGUGUGACCGACACGGAUCCGAGCGUUCGUUUCGGCGUCCUGACGUCGAUGGACCCCGCUUUCGACGCCGUGCUGGGUCAGGCGGACGUCCUAACCUACCUGUUCGUCGCGAUGCAGGACGAGGUGUUCGAGAUCAGGGAGGUGGCGCUCUUCAUCUACGGUCGACUGAGCACCAAGAAUCCGGCCUACAUAAUACCGUCCCUCAGGAAGAUCCUGAUCCAGUUCCUGACCGAGCUGGAGCAUUCCGGCCUGACCAGGAAUAGGGAGCAGGCGGCCAAGAUGCUGGACAGGCUGGUCGUCAGUUCUCCCCAAUUGGUUAGGCCCUAUGUGGAACCGGUGCUUAAGUCUCUAGUACCCAAACUAAAACACUGCGAUCUAUUAACGCCAGGGGUGACCCUCUCGAUGCUUUACGCUGUCGGAGACCUAGCCGAGGUGACCGGCGACGGCAACGAGCUCCAGAACUGGAUGUCCGACCUGAUGACCAUCCUGCUGGAGAUGCUCGGAGACGCGUCGGACUCCGACAAGAGGGGCGCCGCCCUCAAGACCCUGGGUCAGCUUGUGGGCGCCACCGGGCACAUAAUACAGCCCUACACCAGGUACCCGAACCUGCUCGACGUGCUCAUCAACUUCCUGAAGACGGAACAGCAGAGGUCCAUCAGGAGGGAGACGCUCAGGGUGCUUGGUCUGCUCGGCGCGCUGGACCCCUAUAGGCACAAGAUAAACAGAGGCGAGAUCGACUGCCAGCGCGAGACUCCAGCUCUAAUCGCGAUGGCGGACAAAAGCGAGGACGUCACCGACUUGACGUCCAGCGAAAUGCUGGUCAACAUGUCCCAGAACACCCUCGAGGAGUACUAUCUGGCCAUCGCCAUAGCCACGCUGAUGAAGAUCCUGAAAGACCCCACCCUGUUCCAACACCACACGAUGGUGGUGCAAGCGGUCACCUUCAUCUUCAAAAGUCUGGGUAUCAAGUGCGUGCCCUACAUACCCAAAGUAGUUCCGAGCCUGCUGAACGCGGCCAAGAAUCCGGACGUCGGGUUCAGGGAGUUUCUGUUCCAGCAGUUGGCGCAACUGAUCGUCAUCGUAAAGCAGCACAUCAGAAAUUAUCUGGACGACAUCACCGCCCUGAUUGACGAUUACUGGACGCCGGAGAGUCCCAUCCAGCCUACUUUGAUCUUGCUCGUGGAGCAUUUAGCCAUGGCCUUGGGUACCGAGUUCAAGGUGUACCUCCCGAACUUAAUGCCCCAGAUGCUAAGGGUUCUGAAUCACGACACGUCCAAAGACAGGCUCUACACCAUGAAGCUGCUGCUGAUGCUGCCCAGCUUCGGCAACAACCUCUCCGAUUACCUGCACCUGAUCCUACCGCCCAUCGUCAAGCUGUUCGACGCCAAAGACUGUCCGACCAACGUGUCCAAGCAGGCGCUGAAGACGGUCGAGGAGAUGGCGGAGAGCCUGGACAUGUCCGAUUUCGCCUCCAGGAUCAUCCAUCCGAUCGUGAGGAAGCUGGAGAACUGCCCGGAACUUCGGCAGCAAGCCAUGGAGACGACGUGCGCCGUGAUGCUCCGCAUGGGCAAGAAGUUCAACAUGUUCAUACCGCUGGUGCAGAACACGCUGCACAAGCACAAGCUGAGCCACCACAAGUUCGACAUCCUGGUGUCCAAGCUGCAGUCGAGGACCACGAUGGCGGACGACAUCGAUUUCCCGGUGGUGGGGCAGCGGACGAGGAUGAGGAACAACGACGUGGGCGUGACCAGCGACGCCACGCUGAACAAGAGCUUGAAGGUGUCGGAAUCGGAGCUGCAGAAGGCUUGGACGCCGGUCAGACGAGUGUCCAAGGAGGACUGGCUGGAAUGGCUGAGGCGGCUCAGCAUAGAGCUGCUGAUACAGUCUCCGAUACCCGCGCUGCGAUCUUGCCUGUCUCUGGCUCAGAGCUAUUCCCAAUUGCCACGCGAUCUUUUCAACGCGGCCUUCGUCAGUUGCUGGAACGAACUGAGCGACGCCAAGCAGGCGGAGCUUAUCGGCUGUCUGGAGAAGGCGCUCACCGUUCCGGACGUGCCGGAAAUCACCCAGACCAUACUGAACCUGGCCGAGUUCAUGGAUCACUGCGAUAAGGGACCGCUUCCAUUGGACCAGCACCUCUUGGGCGAACACGCCAUGAGAUCGAGAGCUUACGCAAAAGCUCUCCAUUACAAAGAGGAGGAAUUCCUGAAGAACCCCAACAGCACGGUGGUGGAAGCCCUGAUCUCGAUCAACAACAAGCUGCAGCAGAAGGAAGCCGCGGAGGGUCUUCUGCAGACCGUGGUGCAGAAGUGCGGCGAGACAGAGGUCCAGAUAAGGUGGCACGAGAAGCUGCACAACUGGACCCACGCCCUGGAUCUGUACAAGGAGAAACUGGAGAAGGAACCGUUCGAGCAAGAAGCUUGUCUAGGUACCAUGAGGUGCUUGGAAGCUCUUGGAGAAUGGAAAGAUUUGCAUGAUACGGUGGAGAAUAAAUUCGAAAAUUUGGAUGAGAACAACAAACACAAGGCCUGUAGGCUUGCUGCUUCGGCUUCAUUUGGUUUGCUUAAUUUUAGAUCGAUGGAAAGAUACGUCUCGAUGAUACCAAAGGACACACAGGAGGGCUCCUUUUACAGGGCCAUACUGGCCAUACAUAAGAACCAGUACGAACUGGCACAAAUUUACAUCGAUAACACAAGAGACCUCUUAGACACCGAACUGACGGCCAUGGCGGGAGAAUCUUAUCAAAGGGCAUACGGAGCGAUGGUACAGGUGCAGAUUCUGGCGGAACUCGAGGAGGUCAUGCAGUACAGGUUGGUUCCGGAGAGGAGGCCCACCCUGCAGUCCAUGUGGUGGCAGAGGCUCCAAUCUGGCCAACGGUUGCCCGAGGACUGGCAAAAGAUUCUGCUGGUGCAGUCUCUGGUAUUAUCACCCCACGAGAACAUCCACGCGUGGUUGAAGUACGCCUCUCUGUGCCGCAAGAACGAAUCGCUCAGGCUCUCCCACAAGACGUUCGUGAUGUUGUUGGGGGAGGAUCCAGAGAUAAACCCCGCCUUCGUCAUACCCCACAACCGCCCCUAUCUGGUUUAUGCCUACGCGAAACACCUUUGGACGGCCGAGAAGAAAGAAAGGGCUUACCAUUUGCUCGGGAACUUCGUCAAGGACUUCGUGAAGUCGAACUUUAUGGCUAACGAAAUGCUUCUGACCGACAAGCAAAACCUGCUGGCCAGGUGUUAUUUGAAGUUGGGCAAUUGGCAAGAGUCUCUUGAAGGUGUGAGUAAAGAUUCGAUAGCACCCAUACUGAAAUGUUAUCAACAAGCCACAGAUUUUGAUCCUUCCUGGUAUAAAGCAUGGCACGCUUGGGCCUACAUGAAUUUUGAAUCGGUUUUAUUCUACAAGAACAGACCUGAGAAUAGCAAUGAGAAGCAUUCUGAAAUAUCUUACGCUGUGCUGGCAGUUCAAGGAUUUUUCAAAUCCAUCAAAUUGUCCAGAGGAAGCUCCCUCCAGGACACCCUGAGAUUGCUCACCCUCUGGUUCGACUACGGCCACUCGUCGGAGAUCUACGACGCCAUGGUCGACGGCAUACGCCAGGUGGAGAAGAACACCUGGCUCCAGGUCAUUCCCCAGCUCAUAGCCAGGAUCGACACGCCCCGGCUUCUGGUGUCGCGUCUCAUCCACCACCUGCUGAUAGACAUCGGCAAGACUCAUCCCCAGGCCCUCGUCUAUCCCCUUACCGUCGCGACGAAGAGCAACUCGUCCCAGCGUCGCAACGCCGCCAACAAGAUCCUGAAGAGCAUGAGCGAGCACUCGCCCGUCCUCGUCAACCAGGCGAAAACCGCCUCCGAGGAGCUGAUCAGGGUGGCCAUCCUCUGGCACGAGAUGUGGCACGAGGGACUGGAGGAGGCGUCCAGACUGUACUUCGGCGAGAGGAACGCCAAGGCGAUGCUGCGGAUACUGGAACCGCUGCACGCCAUCAUGGACCGGGGACCGCAGACCCUCAAGGAGACCAGCUUCACGCAGGCGUACGGCAGGGAUCUGAGCGAGGCGCACAACUGGUGUCAGAAGUACAAGUCGACGAGCAACACGCGCGACCUCAACCAGGCCUGGGAUCUGUACUAUCACGUGUUCCGGAGGAUCAGCAGGCAGCUGCCGCAACUUACGUCUUUGGAGCUCCAGUACGUGUCGCCCAACCUGCAGGAGUUCAAGAAUCUGGAGCUGGCAGUCCCUGGCAGCUAUUCGCCCGGACAACCUAUCAUCAGGAUACAGUACAUCCACAGAUCUCUGGAGGUCAUAACGUCCAAGCAAAGACCCAGAAAGUUGAAGAUCAGAGGAUCCGACGGCAAGGACUACAUGUUCCUGCUGAAAGGUCACGAGGACCUGAGGCAGGACGAGAGGGUGAUGCAGCUGUUCGGCCUGGUGAACACGCUGCUCCUGAAGGACCCCGACACCUUCCGAAGGAACCUCACCAUCCAGCGCUACGCCGUCAUCCCGCUAAACACCAACUCAGGCCUGAUCGGGUGGGUGCCGCACUGCGAUACUCUGCACACCCUCAUUCGAGAUUACAGGGACAAGAAGAAGAUCCUGCUGAACAUAGAGCACAGGAUCAUGCUGAGGAUGGCGCCCGACUACGAUCAUCUCACCGUCAUCCAGAAGGUGGAGGUGUUCGAACACGCGCUGGAACACACCCACGGCGACGAUCUGGCCAAACUGCUGUGGCUGAAGAGCCCCAGCUCGGAGGUGUGGUUCGACAGGCGUACCAACUACACGCGAUCGCUGGCGGUGAUGUCGAUGGUCGGCUACAUCCUAGGUCUGGGCGAUCGCCAUCCUUCCAACCUCAUGCUGGAUCGACUGAGCGGCAAGAUCCUGCACAUAGAUUUCGGCGAUUGCUUCGAGGUGGCCAUGACCAGGGACAAGUUCCCCGAGAAGAUCCCGUUCCGGUUGACCAGGAUGCUGGUGAACGCCAUGGAGGUGACCCACAUAGAGGGCACCUACAGGAGGACCUGCGAGUCCGUGAUGAGCGUGCUGAGGCGGAACAAGGACAGCCUGAUGGCCGUGCUGGAGGCCUUCGUCUACGACCCGUUGCUCAACUGGAGACUGUUGGACUCCAACACCAGGUUCAAGUCGGCCGAGAUCGAGUCCGUGUCCUCGGGUUCGAUCCAGGACGCUGAACUUCUGGAACCGUUGAGCAUCAGGAAGGCGUCGCCGUCGUCAGAGUUCGCCGCCGCCGCGCCUCCCGGUUCCGUACAGCCGGAGGCGCUGAACAGGAAGGCGGUCGUGAUAACGAACAGGGUGAAGGACAAGUUGACGGGUAGGGACUUUGGGCCGGAAGAGGUGUUGAGCGUGCAGAAACAGGUGGAUCUGCUGAUCAGACAGGCUACGAGCAACGAGAACCUGUGUCAGUGUUAUAUCGGUUGGUGUCCUUUCUGGUGAAGUCCGGUGUUCGAUAGAAACGGUACAAUUUAUAUUAUUGAGAUUCGAUUGUUGUUUUUUUUUUUUUGUUUAUAUUUCGAAAUACACGUUUUUCUUAUUUCAA